UUACAGUCUAUCAGAUUAUAUAAAUUUUUGUUGGUCGUGUUGAUGAUGGAAUUUGAUUUUGUCUCAAGAUGUCAUUGCCAGAAUCCUGUUUUUGCCAAAAUAUGUUUAUCUUUGUCCAUGGAAUAUGUAUAUGCUAAGGAUUUUUAUCGAUCAAGCACAAAGAAGCAUCUGAUUUUACUGAUAAUUGACACUCCCAUCCCUCCUUCUUCAUUUGUAGUUGCGUGGGAGGGGGAGCUGCCAUGCAGAAAGUGGGACUGUGACUGUGCUUUCAGUCGCUUGCGGGGCUGCUGCUGUGGAGCCACGGAGCUCUUUGAAGUGGAGGAUGAAAUCUUUAUGAGAAUGAUGGACCUGUCGAGGAGAUUGUUCCAACUGGGUGAUAGUAUCCUUGAAGUCACAGGAGGAAUACGGAUUGCAUUCACAGCUUCUUUGAGCCACAAAACAAACUGCUUUGGCCCUUUCACCAGGAGCAGGCCGAUUCCUGAUGACACUGUCACCCUCAACCAUGGAAGUGGAUAUAACUCUGCACGAGGUAUAUUCACAGCACCUCGCUCUGGACUCUGCUCCUUCUCCUUCUCGGUGUACUCGAAGGUGGGUGCAUCAGGCGAGAGGAUGUACUACAAGGUACGACUCAUGAGAGAUGGGGAAGUGAUGGCCUCAACUUGGGAAGACAACAGGGAGGAUUCAGAGGACAGCAGCUCUCAUCUUCUGUUACUGCAGCAAGGAGGCCAGAUGUAUGUAGAGCUGCUUAACGGCAGGCAGCUAUGUGGGGAUGCUGAGGGCCUGAACAGCUUCUCUGGCUCCUUAAUUUAUCACACUCUGCCCAAAUAAUGAUUUAUUUCUAUGUGGCUUCAGUGUUUCUGCCUUAUUGAAAGCUUUCAUGGGUUUACUUUUUUGUUGAAAUCACCACAGGAAAAUAAAAAGCAUGCAUGCAGGAUGUUAAUGGCAUAUACUGUAUGUAACUGUGUGACCUUUUUUGAAGAUACAAUUCUGAAAUUGCACAUAUAUGUCUGUUUAAAGAAUAAUAAA